UCUUACCAACAGACGAUCUUUGCAGUGCUGUGCUCUUCGACAUCUGCGGGCGUACCGCAGCAGCUGUCACUGCACGUUUUUAUUUUACCGGCUGGUGUUACUCCCAUCACUGCAACCUUUCUCCUGAGAUUUAGCGAUCGGUACUUUCCGGGAUGCUGACGUUAUUUUGAUUCAGCCUGCAAGCGAUGAAUGCAACGAGCAGUGAUGGGACCGGACCGGCGGAGGUUCUAUUGACUUCGGGCUGUCGAGCCCCGCUCAUCACGCGGGUCGGAGGAUGGAGCCGAGGCUCAGCGGGGAUGGCAAGCCGUCUGUGUCCGGGUGCCUCGGCCCUGUCCUUGUCUUCUCCCUCCUGGCUGUGUUAGUGAGCUGCCAUGGGACUUGCAAACACCGAGUGCCGUCUCCUAAUGAGGUUGUCCAUCAUGUGCACUUGAAGCCUGAGCGUUUGACCAAGAGAAGCUCUCCUGAAGACCUGCAGCUGAAGAUAAAGAUCAUCUACGACUACAGUGUUGACCAGCUUCCUGCAGACAAGAGGAGGCUGGUGAAGGACAAGCUGUUUCCUCAGGCCAUCGACUACCUGCAGAGGGCCUUCAGUGUGAGGCGCAGGGUGGGCCCUGUGCUGCUCAGCAGACAAUGUGCAACCAACCAGUACCUGAGGAAGAGAGAUGACCCCCAUCGCUACUGCCAGGGUGCCUGUGCAGAUGUCACCCGGUGCGGCCCCGUCAUCGUGCCACAGCACCACCUGCAGCAAUGCAAAGUGUGCAGUGAAUCAGGGAAGUCAUGUGGCGCCUCAGGCCCCCCAGAUGGCCCCGGAGUGGAGGGGUCUGACUUCGUGCUCUACAUCAGCGGCAUCACCACAGAGCGCUGCGGACAGGAGAACAUCGUGGCCUAUGCUGCCUACUGCCAGCUGGAGGCGGAGCUGGACAGACCCGUGGCAGGCUAUGCCAACCUGUGUCCUGCUAUGAUCUCCUCUCAGCCUCAGGAGUUUGAAGGGAUGCUCUCCACCGUCAAACAUGAGAUCAUCCACGCUCUGGGGUUUUCAGCAGGUCUGUUUGCCUUCUACCACGAUGAUGACGGCAAACCUCUGACUCCUCGCUUCACCAGCGGCCUGCCCGCCUUCAACGAGAGCCUGGGUCUGUACCAGUGGAGUGAGGCUGUGAUCAGGAGUGUCAGCAGACUGUGGGACGUCAGAGGAGGGAGGAUGGUCCAACACCAAGUCCAUGUCCUCGUCACUCCCCGUGUUGUGGAGGAGGCGAGGAGGCAUUUCAACUGUCCCAUCUUGGAGGGGAUGGAGCUGGAGAACCAAGGGGGGGCAGGAACGGAGCUUAACCACUGGGAGAAGAGGCUGCUGGAGAACGAGGCCAUGACCGGCUCCCACACCCAGAACCGGGUGUUUUCUCGGCUGACGCUGGCCAUCAUGGAAGACAGCGGCUGGUACCGAGCUAACUACAGCCUGGCUCAGAGGCUGGACUGGGGCCGCGGUCUCGGCUGCGACUUCGUCAUGAAGAGCUGCAAGUUCUGGAUGGACAGGCAGAGACAGAGGCAACACGCUGUGACUCCGUAUUGUGACACAGUGCGAGCCUCUCCUCUGCAGCUGACCUGCAGACAUGACCAGCUGGCUGUGGCCGUCUGCAACCUGCAGAAGUACCCACAGGAGCUGCCGCUGGAGUACCAGUAUUUUGAAGGGAUUCCAGCUGUGGCUGCUGAUCAGUUGCCGUUCUUCGGGGGCGCUGUGGAGAUCGCUGACUACUGCCCCUUCAGCCAGGAGUUCAGCUGGCACCUCAGUGGGGAGUACCAGAGGAGCUCCUACUGCAGAGUGUCAGAGAACCAGCCAGACUGGUGGAGGAACUACGGAGCGGAGCAGUAUGGGCCAGACUCUGUGUGUCUGUACCAGAAGUCUGCCUUCAUUAUGGAGCAGUGCACCAGGAAGAUGACGUACCCCGACUGGGGCUCCGGCUGCUACAAGGUGUCCUGCUCGGCUCAGGGCCUGACGGUGUAUGUUCAGGAUCGCUCCUUCCUCUGCGUCCGUAAAGGUCAGCUGCUGAGCGUCAGCGUCCGAGUCAGCGACUGGGUUUACAACGGCAUCCUGAUCUGCCCUGCCUGUGCCGACUUGUGUGCCGACUGUCCUCUCCCCCACCAGCUCCUGCCUGCCAACACCUCCAGGAGUCACCCCAUUGACCCGUGCUCCAGCUCUCCAGAUCUGGCCGUCACUCUGUGGCUGCUGCUGCUCAAACUGCUCCCUCUAGUGGCCGGACUGCUGCUUUGCCACUGCAGCUGAUACAGCGUCACAUGAAGUAACACACCGAGGCAGCUGGACCUACUCUCAACUGUAGACUUCUGGGUUGCAGAUGUUUCUUCCUCCUUUUGUCCCCCUCCUCCUCUCUUGUUUCCGUCGUUCCUUCCUCAGGACACUUACUCUUUCAUUCCUCUUUUCUCUGUUUCUUCAGCUCCUUUCAUAGCAACUGUACCUCUCACCUCAGUCAGGGAUCUUGGUGCUGAAGCUCCACCCAGGUGUUAGUAUGGGCUACAGUCUACCAUCUGUACCUUCUGGAGCCUCUGGUUUGGACAACAGUCAGUCAGAUGAUUAGUUUGGCCCAGGACAGCAGACCGGACUCUUCUGUCUGGAAAACCUGAAAACUCCCAGAAUUCUCAGCUCAUCUUGGGACCACACUGCUUUGUCUAACUGCUUUUCUUUGUUUGCGCUGCUGUGACAGAACUGGCGCAUGUUUUGUCACUCAAAUACACGCAAGAAGGAACGAGAGUGAAGAUGGCGAGAAACCGAUCGUCCCAGUUCCAAGCCAAUUUCUGUCACUGCAGCGGCCGUCUCCAGUCAGCCCAUUAACAAGUGGUGGCCUGGUGGCUGGACUGCAGGACUGUUCAUGGCAGUUCAGUGAGUGUAAGGCUCGCUGGCUUUAAAGCUACCUUUUAUUGUGUUUUUAAUCUGAAGCUGCAGCCUUCUUACUGUGUUUUAAAUAACAUAAGGUUUGGAGCUGUUUAAAUGUUUUGGUCUGAAGCCUCUUUUACCCAGAAAACCUGGGAAGGUUCCUGUCUGCAGAGGGAGGCAGGGGGUGACAGCGGUGGAGCACGUUUCUCCUCCUCACAGGGCUGGGGAGUGGAAAUUCACUGCUCCUUUUGUUUCAUUGUGACAAGCUGGAGUUCAGCGAUUUUUCAUUUAAACAUCUAGUUUAAUCCAGAAACUAGGUUUGUUGUAAGUUCCCUACAAAGAGAGCAACAUUUCUUUGGGUCCUACCCAUGGUUUGAUUUACACUGGCUAAAAUUCAAAUGCUUGUGUGUGCCUGUGUCCCAAGCUACUAAGUGAUUUUGGCAGCGAUUCUGAGUCCUUUGUCUGCUGAUUUCGGGUUUUUUUUUUUUUUUUUUUGACAUUAACACUGAUUAGAUAAGUGUCUAACAUGUUGAAACAACAACUGUGGAUUUGAGGUCUGACACCUGGUUGUUCUGGAGCUUCAGCAUCACAAACUGAUGCUCCUGGUUCACUUUACGAGCUGAGAUCACCGAUGGUGUGAUCUGAACUGUGAAACUGACGUGACAAGAAUCUCUGAGAGAAGUCGUCUGACCCUGUCAGCGUUGUUGGAACUAUAGAAACAUUCAGUCCACUCUGACUGUACAGCAGCAUUCGAGUGGAGCAUCUUACCUCGCUAGGGAUCUUUGGCUGAGUAGUGACACACUGACCAACAGUUUUUGUGACAUCAUUACUUCGGUGUCAUAGCAGUACUUUUUCUUUCUGAAUACUUUCUCCAGCCCUGUCCUCCUCCUACAGGAUCACAGGCUUGAUUAAAUAUUUGUCCCUGUGACAGACGCUGUGCACGGCACGCAGAACGAUGCUGGUGCCACAGAGAUUUUCAGGAGCUGUUACUGAGACAGUGCUGCAGGUGCCAGUGGUGCUUAAUGUUCAGAGGCGCAUAAUAAGUACACUGCAGGAGGACUGUGCAGGGCAGUGUAUCGCUGGCUCACAGCCCGCAUGCUGCUCCAGGUUCAGGUGUUAAUGCUGCUGUUGUGGCCAAAUGAGAACCUUCAGAGUCCGGGGUCACCAGAAACCCAGAGCGUGUGCAGGAGCUGGUCAUUUUAAAAUCUUCAUGUGUGAUAGAGAAUAUGAGUUUUCUGUGUGUUGCUUUCGUGGUGCUGCAGUAGAGAGAUGAUACAUUUGCAUGGAUACUUUCGUCUUUCUUUCCAAAAGUUGAGAGAUGUUGAGCGCAGGCUGAGCACAGUCUCUGCAAGGUGACGUCAGGCAGCUGCUGUUGUACUGUGAGUUUUCCUCCAUGCUGGAGGGUUUCAUUCCAAAGUGCUGUGAUCUGAUUGUAUAUGUUGAGCUUGGUCCUUCUAUCUGUCCUUACACUUGUGGCCAGAUAUACAUGAGCACCGCCCUGGAUCUGUGCUGUCUCAGAGAUUUUUCAUGGCCUGGUUUCCCCCAGUCAUCACUUCUGUCCAUGAGAGCAGAGUUUGGUUCUCAGAGGAUGAACUCUGUUUCGGGUCCUCUCCUGUAGCGGAGGACAGUAUUUUUACAUGUUCACAUGUUACAUGUCAUAGUCUAAUUGUCAUGCUGUAUGAAAUUUAGUGAACAGAUGAAUUCUCCAGAGGAUGAACCCUCCGUCUCUAACACUGGGAGUCAUCCUGUGUUGAAACAUCAGCUUCGAGGCUGUGUCCACAACCAGCUGAAAUGAGUCACACCUGGUGUUUCCACAGACGUGUGAACAGACCAGAUGUUCUCACAUCAGAACAUUUUACAUUUCAGUUCAGUCUGUGCACGUGUGGCAGUUUAGGAGCUCAGCUGUGGUCACAUGAGCUGUACACGUCACUGACACACAUGGAUGUGAAGCAGCAGUACAGCAGGGUCAGAGCUGAGCGUUGAGAUGUGGAAACAGCCUAAGCUUCAGCUAUAGCUGUGUUUGCUACAGCUCCACAAAACUGUAGUCAUAUGUCAGAACUGUUUCCAUCCACUUGUCUUCACAUAUAAGAAACUUCAAAACUGGAAUUUGAGGAAAAGGUCCAAGUAUGGAAGGAGACCAAAGUGUUUUGUGUGGCUGAAGGCGACUGUGUGGACACACCAACCAGACGGACACAGACUGAGCGAUCACGCAGACGUGAAACAUGAGGCUCAGGCUGGACAAUCAGUAGAAGUGACAAACAGCCAACAAGUGGAUUUGUUACCUUUCUUAUUCACACGUCUGGUGUGUGUGUGGGGACGAAGCUAUUGUGUAGUGCAGCUGGUUGAUAAUAAGUGAAGCUGGCACACUAACCCAAAGGCCUGGCCUCAGCCUCGGAGGACGUCUCCGGCUGCGCUGAAGUGAAAAGGCCACACCCAGUGACCGAGUGAAUGUUUAUUACCUGUGUGUCUGUCCAUGCUCUCCGAUGGGUGUCAAAUGAUUUUGGCAGAAAUGUGACAACAAGGAAGUACUGAACAAGAAAACAUGCAUCUCUGCUUUGUGGGCUGUAGAGCUCGGUGCCAUUAUUGUCAGUCAUGUGCAGGUCACCUGACCUCAGCCCACUUGUAGUGACAAGAAAGAAUUUCACCUGGACCGACUGUGAACUUGUCUGGCUGCAGGAGCCUGGGUUUUUGUUUUGCUGUUUAGAUGUUUAAUGUGACUGAAGUUGCACUGACCUGAGAAAAUUGGACUUUGAAAUAAAAUCUAAAAACCAGUGUCAGUAGAAUUCUGUUUAUGGAGUCUCGAGAAACCUGUUCACAGCACUUUGUACUGCUCCGUUGUCUCUGGUUUAUUUAGGUUUUAUACAAAGGGCUGCUUUGACUGACAUUAAAUGCUGCCUGUAUUUCAGACAAGUCUGUGUUUUGUCUUGUUUGAAACCACUAAAAACUCCAAUACAUUAGUUACAUGUGGAUGUUUGCAGCUAAACUCCAAAACCCGUUUUCUGUAACUUUAAGUUUGAGCAUCGAUGUUAGGAUCUCAGUUUGAGGUUGUGGCUCUGGGCAUUUUGUGUUUAAAUUGAAAAGCAGUUUGUUGGUGCAUGUCUUGAAAACAGCAGCUGUGAUAACUUCAGCUAAAACCCUUGAGUCAAGUAAAUGUAUCCAGGAACCUCUGAAAUUGCACCAACACGUCUGCAUCAUUGACCACUUCAGGAAGCUCAUGAUGUUUUGGGUUGUGGUGAAAUAGCUGCAUCAUGUGUCUAUAAGUGCGCCUCUGGUUAAAGAUGGUGUUGUACUAGACUGCCUCCGUCCUGCACAGAGACAUAGAUGGUAAAUGGUCUUAUACUUAUAUAGUGCUUUUC